AAAAAAUAAACGUUUUCUAAGUCUCUCUCAUCCAUCGAUCGCCGCCGAGAAACCCUUUCGCGAAACUCUUCUCUCACUGUCUCUCGUCCAUCGAUCGCCGCCGAGAAACCCUAUCCGAGCAUAGUUUCAUUCCAUUGCUCUAUUGCUCAAAUCGAGAAACCCUAUUUUCACUGAGAUUGCUCUAUUGCUGUUUGUAUUUGAGUUUAGCUACACACUAUCAUGGAGAAGAAUCAAAUUGCUGAAGUAGUGGAUAUUGAGAAGACGACAAUGAUUAUGGAGCCUGAAAAGUCUACCGGAGGUGGACUCUUUGUUCCCGGGAAGGAAAGGGUAGUGUAUGUCGCACCGGAGAGAAAAUCGCGAUUAGGACUAGAUACCCUGGCCAUCGCGAAACGCGGGGAGUCUCAAAGUGAAGUGGGAUUCAAGGUGCCAAAAGAGAUUACCACAUCAAUUGCAGCUGCUGCAGAUGAUGAAAACGAGUCCUCUGUUGUUGAGGAAGGUGUACAUACGGGUUCGCGGCGUUCUCAUAGAAAAUACCGUGAGACAACCAGCGAAACAACCCGGGCCCGUGAGACAACCAGUGAAACAACCCGGGCAGAUUCUUCUCUUACUGAAGAAGCUUCACCUUCACACAGGAGAGACCGUAGUGAGAGGAGCGACAGGAGGGACCGGAGUGAGAGGAGCGAUAGGAGAGACCAUAGUGAGAGGAGCGACCGUAGUGAGAGGAGCGACAGGAGGGAUGGCAGUGAGAGGAGUCACUAUCAUAAGAGUGAGCGAAGGGAAGAACAGAGGAGUGAGAGGAGUGAAAGGCAUUCUGGAUACUAUAGUAAGAGAACCAGAUAUGACAGUGACGAUCAUAGGAGGGAGAGGAGUUAUUCAGGAAGAUCUGACUGGGACAGUGGCAGAUGGGAAUGGGAAGAUACUCCACGCAGGGAUAAUGUGUCUAGUUCUAGACGUCAUCAACCCUCACCAUCUCCAAUGUUCGUUGGCGCCUCGCCUGAUGCACGACUAGUUUCUCCGUGGUUGGGGGGCCAUACUCCUAAUUCACAUACACCUUCUCCUUGGGACCAUGUUUCUCCGUCUCCUCUUCCAAUACGUGCUUCUGGAUCUUCAGUCAAAUCUUCCGUUUCUGAAUAUAAUCGAAGGUCGCAUGCAUUUAAGGAGGAAAUAGCAGGCAAGUCCGACUUGGAUGAAAAACACUCAUAUACUGAGAUAACUGAAAGCAUGCGUGAAGAGAUGGAACGUGAUGCAGACCGAGCAUGGUAUGAUAGAGAAGAAGGUAGCACGUUUGAUUCUGACAACUCAUCACUAUUUCUUGGAGAUGAGGCUUCCUUUCAGAAGAAAGAGGCCGAGUUGGCUAAAAGACUGACCCGAAGAGACGGGACAAAGAUGUCUCUAUCUCAAAGCAAGAAAUUAUCUCAGCUUACAGCUGAUAAUGCUCAAUGGGAAGAUCGGCAACUGCUGAGAUCGGGUGCUGUUAGAGGUACAGAGGUUCAGACUGAAUUUGAUGACGAGGAUGAACGCAAAGUCAUUCUUCUUGUGCACGAUACUAAGCCUCCUUUUCUCGAUGGUAGAGUUGUUUUUACUAAGCAGGCAGAGCCAAUUAUGCCAAUAAAAGAUCCAACAUCAGACAUGGCUAUAAUUUCUCGUAAAGGAUCUACUCUGGUAAGAGAAAUCCACGAGAAACAGAGUUCAAAUAAGUCUCGCCAACGCUUUUGGGAACUUGCUGGCUCAAAACUUGGUGAUAUCUUAGGCGUUGAAAAAACAGCAGAACAGAUUGAUGCCGACACUGCUGUAGUGGGUGAAGAUGGUGAAAUUGAUUUUAAGGAGGAAGCUAAGUUUUCACAACACAUGAAAAAGGGAGAAGCUGUGAGUGACUUUGCUAAGUCAAAAAGUCUUUCAGAGCAAAGGCAGUAUCUGCCUAUUUUUUCAGUGCGAGAAGAGUUAUUACAGGUGAUUCGUGAAAAUCAGGUGGUGGUUGUAGUUGGGGAAACUGGUUCAGGAAAGACAACCCAAUUGACACAGUAUCUGCAUGAGGAUGGCUAUACCAUAGGUGGUAUAGUAGGUUGCACUCAACCAAGGCGUGUGGCAGCUAUGAGUGUUGCCAAGAGAGUUAGUGAGGAGAUGGACACAGAGUUAGGCGAUAAAAUUGGCUAUGCUAUACGUUUUGAGGAUGUGACUGGACCAAAUACCAUAAUAAAGUACAUGACAGACGGGGUACUUCUACGUGAAACACUUAAAGACUCUGAUUUAGAUAAGUAUAGGGUUAUUGUGAUGGACGAAGCCCAUGAAAGGUCAUUAAGCACAGAUGUCCUUUUUGGAAUAUUGAAGAAAGUUGUAGCCCAACGUCGUGAUUUCAAGCUGAUUGUUACAUCAGCAACUCUGAAUGCACAGAAAUUCUCAAAUUUCUUUGGAAGUGUUCCGAUUUUUCAUAUUCCUGGGAGAACAUUUCCUGUCAAUAUAUUAUGGAGCAAAACUCCUUGUGAAGAUUACGUUGAAGCUGCAGUGAAGCAAGCUAUGACUAUUCACAUAACCAGCCCUCCAGGUGACAUCCUUAUCUUCAUGACUGGCCAAGACGAGAUUGAGGCAGCUUGCUAUGCCCUUGCUGAAAGAAUGAAGCAGAUGAUAUCAUCUUCAAACAAAGAAGUCCCUAAACUUUUGAUUCUUCCUAUAUAUUCACAACUUCCAGCUGAUUUGCAAGCAAAGAUAUUUCAGAAAGCUGAAGAUGGUGCUCGCAAAUGCAUUGUGGCCACUAACAUUGCUGAGACAUCACUGACUGUGGAUGGUAUCUUCUUUGUCAUAGACACAGGCUAUGGUAAAAUGAAGGUGUACAACCCUAGGAUGGGUAUGGAUGCUCUCCAAGUCUUCCCUGUUAGCCGUGCUGCUGCUGACCAGCGUGCUGGCCGAGCUGGUCGAACUGGCCCUGGUACCUGCUAUCGAUUGUAUACAGAGAGUGCUUACCUAAAUGAAAUGUUGGCCAGUCCAGUUCCAGAGAUUCAGAGAACUAACCUUGGCAAUGUGGUUUUGUUGCUGAAGUCUCUUAAAGUUGAAAAUUUACUCGACUUUGAUUUCAUGGAUCCACCUCCGCAGGAUAAUAUUCUCAAUUCUAUGUACCAGUUGUGGGUGUUGGGUGCCCUUAACAAUGUGGGGGGAUUGACUGAACUUGGCUGGAAAAUGGUUGAAUUUCCACUAGAUCCUCCACUUGCUAAGAUGCUUUUGAUGGGUGACCAGUUGGGGUGUCUCGAGGAGGUUCUUACUAUUGUUUCAAUGCUUUCGGUACCGUCGGUUUUCUUUAGGCCAAAGGACCGAGCAGAGGAGAGUGAUGCUGCACGUGAAAGAUUUUUUGUGCCAGAGUCCGACCAUCUAACGCUUUACAAUGUUUAUCAGCAAUGGAAACAGCAUGAUUACAGAGGGGAUUGGUGCAACGACCAUUAUUUGCAUGUUAAAGGUCUCAGAAAGGCUAGAGAGGUGAGAUCCCAGCUGCUUGAUAUUCUCAAGACUCUCAAAAUUCCUUUAACCACAUGCUGGCCCGAUACAGAUGUUGUCAGAAAAGCAAUUUGUUCUGCGUACUUCCACAAUUCAGCAAGAUUAAAGGGUGUUGGGGAGUAUGUUAACUCCCGGAAUGGCAUGCCAUGUCACCUUCAUCCCAGUAGUGCUCUCUAUGGCAUGGGUUGCACUCCUGAUUAUGUAGUUUAUCACGAGUUAAUUCUGACGACAAAGGAGUACAUGCAGUGUGCCACAGCGGUGGAACCCCACUGGCUCGCCGAGUUAGGUCCCAUGUUUUUCUCUGUGAAAGAGUCUGAUACAUCACUACUAGAACAUAAAAAGAAACAGAAGCAGGAGAAAACAGCCAUGGAAGAGGAAAUGGAGAAUUUAAAGAAGGAGCAAGCAGAGUUGGAGAGGGAAAAUAAACAGAAGGAGAGAGAAAAAAUGGCUAAGAAUCAGCAGCAAAUAUCCAUGCCAGGUUUGAAAAAGGGUUCGUCCACAUUCUUGAGACCAAAAAGGUUUGGUUUGUAAAUAUUUUAUAGUACUCAGAUAUUAGUGAAUUCAUGGGAGAGAGGGAGGUGAAAAAAGGCCUAUUUUCUCUGGCCAUACUUCCUGCUCCUCAGGUUACUGUUAUGUAUACGUUGCAUUGAAGAAAUUCAUCGGUCGCCAAAUUGUCAUCUAUUUAGAACUUGUAAUAUUAUAGUAUUCUGCUGUCAUCCAUUUAGUUUUCAGUCUUUUCCUGUACAAAACACCAAGCACCAAGCGAAUAGUACUUCAGAGAUAUUUUUGAGAAAAUUUUCUCUGCACAAUGUGAUAUUUGAUCAGUACUUCAUCCAUAGUUUUCUAAGUAA